CAACAAUCCUUGGCUAGUAGGACCAGCAUUUCUUCUAAACGACCAUGUUUCUACAGAGGAAACGCAUGAAUUACAGAACCCAGAUGAGGACAAGGAAGUGAGAAGGGAGAUCAAGGCCUUAAAAACCAGUGUGGAGGAUGAACCUCAUCACCAGCUUGGAACUCAUCGUUUCAGUAGAUUCUCAAGUUGGAGAAGACUAGUAGAGACUAUUGCUCACUUACAACACAUAGCCCAGUCAGUUAAAGGAUCAGACUGUUCAGGGUGGCACAUAUGUACCAAGUGGAAAACAGUGGAUGCCUUUGAAGCAGCGCAGAAGCAUCUACUUGUUGAAGUUCAACAGGAAGCAUACGAGAAUGAAAUUCAGUGUCUCCAAGCAGGGAAUUGUCUCCCGAAAUCCAGUUCAUUAACAAAAUUGGCGCCCUUUAUUGGUACCGAUGGCCUCAUGCAUGUUGGCGGCAGACUGAAACACUCCAGUUUGACAGAAGCAGAAAAAACAUCCUAUUCUUGUUCCUGGACGUCACCACAUUGCCAUACUUAUCAUCCGUUACUAUCAUGAGCAGACAAAACACCAAGGUCGACACAUCACAGAAGGUUCCGUUCGUUCAGCGGGGUUCUGGAUUACAGGAGCUAAGUCAUUAGUGUCCUCUAUACUGUACAAAUGCGUCAAGUGUCGGAAACUUCGAGGAAGUCUUGGUGUUCAAAAGAUGGCUGACCUUCCUUCAGACAGACUGGAACCUGGACCGCCAUUUACCAAUGUUGGAGUGGAUUGUUUUGGCCCAUGGCAAGUUGUGACUAGAAAGACACGAGGAGGGCAAGCAUGCAGCAAAAGAUGGUAAGAGAUGUUCACGUGUCUGACUAUUCGUGCAGUCCACAUAGAGAUAGUGGAGGAGCUGAGUUCUUCAGCUUUUAUUAACGCCUUGAGAAGAUUUAUGGCAAUCAGGGGACCAGUCAAACUUUUCCGAUCUGACCGAGGAACGAACUUUGUGGGGUCAACUGACAACCUUGGCAUCAACGCUAUCAACGUAGAGGACAGCAGUGUGAAGCAAUUUUUGUACUCCCAAGGAUGUACCUGGCUAUUCAACCCGCCCCAUGCAUCUCACAUGGGUGGAGUCUGGGAGAGGGUCAUUGGGGUUUCAAGAAGGAUUCUAGAUUCUCUUCUAACAGAUGUUCCAGGGACAGGCCUCACGCAUGAACUUCUCUCAACCUUUAUGGCCGAAGUGUCCGCCAUAAUGAACGCAAGACCACUGGUACCUCUCACCACAGACGCAGAAAACCCUGUACCGUUGUCCCCAUCACUGCUACUUACGCAGAAACCACAACAAAUUACCUCUGUCACAGAAACAUUUGAUGGUAAAGACCUUUUCCGAAAGGAGUGGAAACGAGUUCAAGCCCUGGCUGACAUGUUUUGGCACCGCUGGAAAGCUGAGUAUUUACAGACUCUUCAACAGAGGAAGAAAUGGCUGGAACCUAAGAGAAACCUGUGUGAAGGUGAUGUUGUUUUAGUUAGAAACAAGCAGACAGCAAGGAAUGACUGGCCGUUAGGGAUCAUUCACAAGACCUUCCCAUCCUCCGACGGUUUAGUUCGCAAGUGUGAGGUACGCGUAGUACUUGAAGAACAAGCAACCUUGUACACUCGACCUACAGCUGAACUUAUAUUGCUUCUACCAUGUUAGAAUGUAUCAUGUCUUAUUAGUGUAAAUAUGUUAAUGUAGUGAUGACGUUGUCAUCAAGCGGGGAGUGUUCUGUCAAGUGUUAAGAGUUAUCUCUCUUUACGUAUUGAUUUUUCAUGUUGGAACUCUUUUGUGUUUUUUGGUAAAAUUGUUGCAUAUAAGCCCGCCAUUUGUUAACGUGGUUGGACGCCGCUCAGUUUACUUCGACAAUUUCUCCAUAAUUUUGGCCUAUCACAGAUCUUUUACCACAAUCACAUAAUACAUUGAUGCAACUUAGCCAGAAUUGUUGUUGUCAAUCUGUGGGUAAACUAUCUGUCAGAAGACCACGGGUCAUAGCGACA